AUGGCCAGUGUGGUGGUGAAGACAAUCUGGCAGUCCAAGGAGAUCCACGAGGCUGGGGACCCCCCGGCGGGGGUCGACAGCCGCUGCCAGCUGGUCCCCGAGGCUCCCGGGGGAGUGACCAUCCCGGCCAAGGGGAUCUCGAAGAAAAAGAAGGCGGUGUCGUUCCACGGGGUGGAGCCCCGGAUGUCCCACGAGCCGAUGCACUGGUGCCUGAACCUCAAGCGGUCCUCGGCCUGCACCAACGUGUCCCUGCUGAACCUGGCCGCCAUGGAGCCCACAGACUCCUCCGGGACGGACUCGACCACGGAAGACAGCGGCCCCCUCGCGCUGCCUGGGCCCCCCGCCUCCCCAACGCUUCCCUGGGCUCCGGAUGACCCAGACAUCACCGAGAUACUGAGCGGGGUCAACAGCGGACUGGUCCGUGCCAAAGACUCCAUCACCAGCUUGAAGGAAAAGACCACGCGGGUUAACCAGCACGUGCAGACCCUGCAGAGCGAGUGCUCAGUGCUGAGCGAGAACCUGGAGCGAAGGCGGCAAGAGGCCGAGGAGCUGGAAGGGUACUGCAGCCAGCUCAAGGAGAACUGCCGGAAGGUGACGCGGUCCGUGGAAGACGCGGAAAUGAAGACCAACGUCUUGAAGCAGAACUCGGCCAUGCUGGAGGAGAAGCUUCGCUACCUCCAGCAGCAGCUGCAGGACGAGACCCCGCGCAGGCAGGAGGCAGAGCUGCAGGAGCUGGAGCAGAAGCUGGAAGCCGGCCUCUCCCGGCACGGCCUCGCUCCCGCGGCGCCGCCCCAGGGCUGCUCGGGCCCGCCGGGGAGCCCUGACGAGCCCCCGAGGCCGCGCGGCCUGGCCCCCGGCGGCUGGGGUGUGGGGCCGCGGGCUGGCGAGAGCCCCCACGUGAGCGAGCAGGAGCUGCAGAAGGUGUCCGCCGGCCUCGAGGAGCUGAGGAGGGAGGUGUCCUCGCUGACCGCCCGCUGGCACCAGGAGGAGGGCGCGGUGCAGGAGGCCUUGCGGCUGCUCGGGGGGCUGGGCGGCAGGCUCGACGGCUUUCUGGGCCAGUGGGAGCGGGCGCAGCGCGAGCAGGCGCAGGCGGCGCGGGGCCUGCAGGAGCUGCGAGGCCGAGCGGACGAACUGUGCACCAUGGUGGAGCGCUCGGCCGUAUCCGUGGCUUCUCUGAGGAGCGAACUGGAGGGGCUAGGCCCGGUGAAGCCGAUUCUGGAGGAGCUGGGGCGGCAAUUUCAGAACUCCCGAAGGGGGCCCGACCUCUCCAUGAAUUUGGAUCGGUCCCCUCAAGGCUCCUGCGCCCGCUGCGCCAGCCAGGGGCAGCAGUUGUCCACGGAGUCCCUGCAGCAGCUACUGGAGCGAGCACUGACCCCGCUGGUGGACGAAGUGAAGCAGAGGGGCCUGGCUCCUGCCUGCCCCAGCUGUCAGAGGCUACACAAGAAGAUACUGGAGCUGGAGCGCCAAGCCUUGGCCAAACACGUCAGGGCAGAGGCCCUGAGCUCCACCCUUCGACUGGCCCAAGACGAGGCCUUGCGGGCCAAGAACCUGCUGCUGACGGACAAGAUGAAGCCGGAGGAGAAGGUAGCCGCUCUGGACUACCUGCACCUCAAGAUGUGCUCCCUGCACGACCAGAUCAGCAGCCUGCCACUUGAGGGGUCCACGGGGCCCAUGGGGGGAGGAAGCAGCGGGGGGACUCCCCCCAAACGUGGGGGCCCAGCCCCUGAACAAUAA